AAGGACCAGCCAUUUUGCUUAUGGGAGCACAGAAUGGCAUUAUGCUCUGCUUUAUCCAGGAAUAAAAUAACCCAUUCACUGGAAACGAGACAGAGGCAAGUUGGUGGAUGAUUACGGUGACUGAGAUUGGAAUGCCAUCAAACUGCUAUAUUGACUAGCCUACUGUUACCUGAACUGCACUCAGUAUGUAAAAUGCAGAAUAAUAACGAAUAGAAUGCUGCAUAGGCUACCCUGGUAAAUGCUAUGGGUUUCUCUCGUAAAGAGAAUUUACUGCUAUGUUAUCUCAACAUCUUACGAACAGUGUGAGAGCAAGUGACCCAAAAGAAGGGUGUUGCCCAGUGCUGACAUUGUUUAUCGGUGUGGUGGCUGCUUUAUUUGGACUGACGCCACUGAAGAAGCAGGUGUGUGAUUUCACUUGGGCUCCUGUAGUGGAUACGCAGGUCCUAAAGCCAGCGCACACUCGGUAUUUGUCAUCUUCUUUUGGGGACAAUAAAUAGCGGUUUCUCUGUGGACACCCGCUGCUGUAUGUCUCAUUUUAGAAGCUGGAAUCAGGCUUGGAUCUAAACUCUGAAAAACGCUUCAAAACUUUUUAACAAAAGAAAAAGGGAAGAGUUGGAUGUGCAGAAUAGCAGAUGCCCACCUUCUGUCGGUUAAAUUUGCCUUCCUGACAGUGUUCUGGGAUAACCUGACGAUUUACUAUUGAAAAAUUAAGAGAGACCUUCAACAUGAAUACAGGUAUUUGCGACCUCAUUAAAGGCACUUGUGACCCCAUUUAAAGGCACUCGCGACCCCCAGUUUGGCUCUUACUUCUAUAAAGGCACUGCUUGUGGUACGUGUAUCUUGGAAGGCAACUGGAAGGGAAGAGCAGCUCCUAAACUCAUACAAAAGUACCCUAACACAGGAAAAAACUAACAUCAUAAAAAGAAAAAGGUGGAUGUGCUCGCAAACGUGCUGCCAUGUCUGUCACAUUAAGAGCUAUGAAGAGAGUCCAGAGUUCGCCAAACCUAUAUACGGUUUCAGGUAAUGACUCCCAGUCAUCAGAUUCAGAUGUCUGGAGAUCUUGCAGUUCUAAUGAUGGGCUUAGAAAUGGCGAUGCAAGCAGUUCGUCUCUGGCAGCCAAGGGUUUCAGAAGUGUCAGGCCGAAUCUACAAGACAAGAAGUCUCCAACACUGGGCCAGAUGACAGUGAAUGGAAACUCGAGCAUUGCUGGCAGCCCUCUGAGUCAUUUACAAAGACCCUUCUCCCCUCCUCCAGAUUACCCUCCUCCACCACCUCUCAAUCCAAACAGUGUUGUCAUGACACACAGCCGCAGCAUGGAAUCGCCUGAAUCCAUGACACAGGAAUCCUAUUCUCAUGGCUACACUGCAGUGAGCCCAGUUCCAAUCUGUAGGACGUCUGAAGUGUCUGUUAUUAAAGUGCCUCAUUAUUCAGGGAUUGGACCAGCAGAUGAAGCUGGCAUUCCAAUUGCUAUGAGAACGACGGUGGACAGGCCAAAGGAUUGGUAUAAGACCAUGUUCAAGCAAAUUCAUAUGGUGCACAAACCAGAUGGUACAGAUGGAAAUACAUGCAAUGCCACCUAUGCAUUAGUAAAUACUGAUAAUUACAGCCCAUCAAACCCAGUGCAGGCACACCCUGCGCCCAAGACACACACAUACUGGCCUUUGUCGAAGAGCAUCUCCGAUAACGGCACUAGCACCUUUAGGGACUCAUCGCCUUUGCCUCCCCCUCCUCCACCGAUGCCAUCUCUAUCCCAGCUGAGACCACUGGAGAGAGCCACACCUGAAAUGAACGAAUGGGGACCUCCAGACAGAAAAGUUGAUACCCGAAAAUACCGUGCUGAACCCAGGAGUAUUUUUGAGUACGAGCCAGGGAAAUCAUCCAUUUUACAACAUGAAAGACCGAUCUCUUUGUAUCACUCUUCAGCAGAGAGAACUCCAGAAAGACUAUCUAGCUCGGCAAGUGACUAUAGAAAAAGACGGAAGUCUGAGCCUGCUGUAAGUCAUCAGAGAGCACACAGAGAUCAAAAUGCAAAUCAAACCUCUCCAAGGGCUGCCGACAUACAGGAGAAGAAUAGCACACUCAGAAAGCCAUUGACUCGGUCCUCUCCCUCUUCUCCAUCUAGAGUGCAAGGUGGGAAUAUUAGCAAAAUGUACUCAUCCCUUUUAAGUUGUUCAGGUCCCAACCAGAAUGCCUCAUGUGCGUUAGACUACAGUUACGAUGACAAUCCGCCUUUCCCGGUCAUUCCACUUGGCUCAAAGAGGUCAAUCAGUUUCAAGAACAGAUGGCAAAUGAACCGGCAAAAUGCAGGAACUUGGAGUAGUGCAGAAGAAACAGUAUCACCAAAGCUGAAGUCUCGCAGCUGUGAUGAUCUUCUGACGGAUGAACACGAGAGUUUAGCUGAAGCGCAGAUGAGGUCGGAAAGUGUGGGGUCACUGAUGUGUGACAAAGAACCCAAAGAUUCCUAUUUUAGGGUGUGCUGUGAGGGAUCAGAGCCCCGCAGACCCAGAGCGCGACACAGAUCAGCACACAACGCUCCAGGAUUCUUAAAGCUGUACAGGAAGAUGCACCACAUCAACCGAAAAGACUUGUUAAGCUGUGAGGUGAUUUGCUCAGUAAAAUCCAGGAUAUUACAGUAUGAACAAGAACAGCACAAAUGCAUGCUUGCAGGCUGGAGAGAGUCCAGUGAGGAGGUUCCCAGAGACAUGGUGCCAACAAGGAUUUCUGAAUUUGAAAGAAUGAUCCAAAAAUCCAAAUCCAUGCCAAAUCUGGUUGACGAAACAUUAUCUGAUGGUACUUUGGGCUCCUCUAAAAGGGGAACAUGUCCCAAGCGCCGCUUUUCCAUUGAGUCAUUACUGGAUGAUGAGCAUCCGAACAGAAAACCCACUGAGAGGCAACAGCAGUACUACAAGUCAAAAACUGUGGUGCCAAUCCACAUCGAAGUCACCAAUGAACAUCAGCAACGGUCGACAUCCCAAUUUGAUUACUCGGACAGUGAGCAUGACCCAGUGGUGUCCGACCUCAGUGACUUUAUUCAGAUUGAGGGUUCUUCGUUUUGCAGCGAAAGUGACUUUGACCAUUUCUCCUUCACCUCUUCCGAAAGCUUUUACGGGUCAGGCCACCAUCAUCAACAUCACAAACACCUGGUCACCUCCUGCAAGGGCAGAUGCCCAGCCUCCAACACCAGGUUCACCACUAUGCUUAAGCACGAAAGGGCUAAACAAGAAAGGAAGCAGCAGCUAAAGAAAGAAGAAGCUGAGUCUGGCUUGUCAAAGUUAGCAUUCCUAGUCAGCCCAGUGCCUUUCAGGAGAAAAAAAUGCUUGCCUCCUCAAAAACUAACUGAAAAAACUAAAUCAAAGACAUCAGUUUAUGAAGCGCUGGACUCGGCUUUAAAGGACAUCUACGAACACAUUAAAGCUGAAAAAAGGAGGGGGAGCCUUCCAGAUAACAGUAUAUUACAUAGACUCCUAGCAGAACUGCUUCCUGAUAUUCCAGAAAGAAACUCCUCUCUGAAAGCCAUGAGGAGGAGGAGCCCUUUACAACAGCCUUAUCAACAGCAGCCACAAGAUGGCCUUGUGAAUUAUCCUUCAUACCAGACGGAUUAUGGAAGAUUACCCCGCAGUUCCUCGUAUCAAGAUAUGGACACCAACAACAACCAAGGGAACGAUAAUGCACAGUCUUAUCAAGAUCGGGAAUCCUCUAGGGGCUUUUCUUCUUCUGCUGAUGUGGGUCGCUAUACUCCAACAAGAGGAACUCCAGAUAGAGAGAAGCAGCAAGCCAGAGCAAUAUAUGAUUUUAAGGCUCAAACAUCAAAGGAACUGACAUUCAAGAAAGGAGAUACGGUCUACAUCCUCAGGCAAAUCGAUCAAAACUGGUAUGAGGGAGAACAUCAUGGGCGAGUGGGGAUCUUCCCCAUUUCAUAUGUUGAGAAAGUAUUGUCGACAGAAAAAUCUCAGCCCACAAGACCGCCCCCGCCAGCACAGAUAAGAGAGAUAGGAGAGGCUGUGGCCAAAUACACCUUUACAGCAGACACGAAUGUGGAGCUGUCACUAAGAAAGGGAGAGAGAGUCGUACUUCUUCGACAAGUGGAUCAGAAUUGGUAUGAAGGAAAGAUACCUGGAACCAGUAAACAAGGAAUAUUUCCAGUGUCCUAUGUGAAUGUCAUCAAGAAGGGCUCAAGUAGAAGCCCAGGUGACUAUCCGGAUCCAUCAAUACCUCAGAGCUAUUCCAGUGAUAUGAUACACACCUUAGCUUCUAAAAAGACUUCUUCCCACCCAAGGUUCAGUACUCCAUCCCCUACUCUCAGACAUCACUCCUCACCUUCCCUUAUUCCACAAAAACACCCUGAUAUCCAAGCUGUCACCAGUGAGUGGAUCUCCCUGACUGUUGGGAUGUCUCCAUCCUGCACUCCUGCCCCCACACCCCCUCCCUUUCCAAGCAGCCUCCUGUCUGACUUGGAAGAGCUCAACUAUUUGGCGCCACUGGCGUCUACUUCGCUAGGAACCACUUCUCCAAGAACCAUCACAUCUCAAGUUCAGAAAGGGCAUUUCAUUCCAAUCACAUCUCCCAAAGCCCUCUCCAGCUCAUCUGAAACCAUCCACUCACCACAGCCGUAUCUCGUCCCAAGAUCAUUAUCACCAUUCCUCACCUCCUCACUGCGACACGAACGCGCCCACAAGUGUGGCAGUGACAUGACCCUUGCUGAAAAAAAAACAAAGGACAUUAGUGAGAAGCAGUCCAGAAAUUCUAUAGAUGUUGAAGGAAAGGAGGCUAGUUUCUCUGACACUAUGGAAUCGUACAAGCACAGAGAAACUGGUAAUUUAGUCAUUUCAGAGUCUUUUGAGCCUCGCUCCUCAGACAAAACUCAGCAGGUCAGGGAAGACCAGGAGGAGGAGCUUUGCGAAGAGCUGCUGUCUAUCAUCCAAGGAAACCACAACGGGGGCUUACAGAAAGACACAGGGUUUUACAGACGAGCAGCAGAUGUAUUGGAGGAGCUUCCCAAACUCUAUAUAGAGGAAGAACCUGGAGAAAGCAAAAAGACAUCCACACCAUCUAAAAGCGUAGCCCAUGUGACUAAUGAAGACUCAAAAUCAAGACAUAGUCAGAAAGAGGCCUCUGCCUCUCCAGGCGUGUCUCUGCCGCUUUCUUCCUCCCCCUCAAACCUCCCUUUCAUUUCUUCAUUAUUGGUACACUCCGCAAAGUCAUCUCCCCAGCCUGCUGCCACGCACUCCCCCCCUCUGUCCUCAAAACACUCUCCCCGACUGGAGUCUAGGUCUAAAUUGAAGCCUCUUUUAAAACGUGAUAUUGUAGUUGUCGGUAAACCUCCUCGUAGCCCAGUGAUGUCCAGGAGAUCCUGCGGCUCACCAGUUAGAGGUCAAAGCUUUUCACCGUCUCACAGGCCACAGCGGCCAGUCUUUGUCCAAGACAACUUGCAUAGUGGGGGAGAACCGUUUCAGGCAUUAUAUAAUUAUAGUCCUAGGAAUGAAGAUGAGUUGGAACUCAAAGAAGGGGAUAUUGUUGAUGUCAUGGAAAAAUGUGAUGAUGGGUGGUUUGUUGGAACGUCUAGAAGAAGCAAGUUCUUUGGUACCUUCCCAGGAAACUAUGUCAAGCGGUUAUAAUACUACUGAUUUGUAUCAGUGGUACAGCUUUUAGUUUAGCACAACUACAUUGGAGAACAGUUAUAGAUGAAACAAAACACCACAGACUGUGUGUGUGUGUGUGUUUUUACACUAAAGAUAACCUUUAGCUAGAACUAGCCAUCUUCAUAGAAGACUAUUCCAGUAACAUUUUGAGUGAUUAUUGCUUUAUAUUCCACUCAUCCACUUAUAGGCAGGGACAAGUACAGUACAUUCAACAACAAAAAAAAGGUUAUUGUUUUGGUCUGUGAAACAGAAAACUAUGAAAUGUUUGAAUUGUACAGUUGAUAAUCUGUGCAUCUCGUUAUUUAUUAGCAGUGAUGUUCGCUGAGAUAAGAUGGAUACAGAGGAUAACAAGUAUGAUGAGUUUGAUACAGUAUGUUGUGUAUGUGCAGAAAAAUCUACAGUAAAGCACGCCAUAUGGACUUGCUGAAUGAUUUAAACGUUAAUUUAUUUCCACAAGUCCUAUAGAAUUUCCUAUUUGCCUUCAUGCUUGUUACAGGGUACAAUAUAACCUACCUUGUCAAAUUAGAGUCGGUACAUUUUAUACCUUCGCACCACAUGAAGAACAGGUUUCUGUUUCCUGCUUCAUAUGUUAUUCGUAGGAAUGGAAACUGAAGCCGUAAGUAAGAGAAAAGCGUAACCAGUAUGCAGUGUUAUACAUUAUUAGUGCCGAGCAUUAUGAUUUCCAUCAUUUUGAGGAAUGUAAAUGUAAACCCAAAGUUUAGCAUAUUUUGGAGCAGGAACUUUCAUAUGGAAGGGGCAUAUUUGCCUUUUAUAUAUAUUGUAGUAUGACAUAUAUAGAUUUCUACAUAUAUGUUUCAUAUAAAACAGCCCUUGCAUAUACAGUAUGUAUGAAAGGGGACUUUCAUUUGAGCUCAUGUAAGACAUGACACAGCGAUCUGUGCAUUAUACAUGUGGAACAUACGGGUAGUGGACAAAAAAAUGGAAACACCUGGGUAAAUGAGGGACACCAAGUAUAUUGAAAGCAAGGGCGUCCACACAGGUGUGGCUCAUGCGUUAAUUAAGCAAAUAACAUCCCAGCAUGCUUAGGGUCAUGUGUAAAAAUGCUGGACAGGCCUGGUUGCCUAUAAUUAUGGCUGCAAGAGGAGACCUCAGUGACUUUGAAAGAGGGGUGUUUGUUGGGGUGCGUUUGACUGGAGCUUCAAGACAGCUCAACUUGCUGAUGUUUCACGAGCAACGGUGUCUAAGGUGAUGUCGGCAUGGAACUCCGAGGGAAAGACAUCAUCAGUAAAGGGUGAUAUCCGUGCAUUAAUUUGAAGUGCAAGGCAAAACAGACGAGCAACUGCAGAUCAAUUGAUUGCAAAUUUCAACCUGGGGCGCGAGCAGCCAGUUUCAUCAAAAACGGUCUGCCGAGAACUCCACAGAGCGGGAUACCAUAGUGGCCCAAUGCCCUAUUAAGUGACUUUACAUUGGUGUUUCCAUUUUUUUUGUCCACUACCUGUAUAUUGGUUUUAGACAUGAGAGGAUUACCUCAGAAUCAGAAACUUUAAUUUUCAUUGGGGGGGGGGGGGGGGGGGCACUUCAUUAUUGGCAGAUUAUAUUAUAAUACUGUAACUUGUAUAUUGGUUUGAGCCAGUGGUCUAGUAUUAAAAGUACAAGCGCCGCAUUUCCCAGUUUUAAAACCGAAAGUUCAGUACGAAAGGGCAUGUCCUGAUCCUUUAUGAGAAAAAUAUUGGUGUUCUAAUGUGAAAAACUCAACCGUGGAUUACGAUUGCUGGCUUCGGUAAUGCUGUCAUUUAUAUUAAAAUAACUAAUGUGUUGUGUUAAAUUUUGCACUUGCAGUAGCAUUCUUUUGUCCGGUACAUUUUAUUUUCCAGCUCGAGAAAUAUAUUAAUUACUUAAUUAAAUGAGAACACUUUAACAGGGCCUUAGAAGUCAAAAUCUGGACCUAGUAUAUUACUUUCAAGCCUUUUAGAUGUUGUUUGUAAACUUAUUUAAAGUGUUAGUGUUUCUCGAACAAAUGUUGUUACAUUUUUCAGUAUAUUUUAAAACUACCGUGUAUUUUUAGUUUUAUAUAAAGGAGUGAAAUUGCUGCAGAGGUGCCAUUCAUCAAUUGGUUAAUUAAAGUGUUUGCUUAGUCAAUGAUUAUAUUUGUAAUAUAUAUAUAUAUAUAUAUAUAUAUAUAUAUAUAUAUAUAUAUAUAUAUAUAUAUAUAUAAUAUAUUCUUUGCAGCAAAGUGGUUAACUAUGUUCUCAUGCAUUCAUAACAUAUUAUGUUACAGAAAGUAUUGUGAGGCGGGUGCUUUGUGAAAUGUUACGGUGGGCAACAAAGUGUAUGAAGAAAACCUGUUUAACUCCUUCCAGUUCCAUUACUUUUGUUUUUGCAUCCUCCUUCCUUGUCAUAAUGCCCGAACUUACCACAUUGUAUGUCGUUUUGCAUUUUGUAAGUGUGUUUUUUGUACGGAACUGUUAAGCUGUUAAGUAAAUUAAAUCCACUGCUUUAUAAAGUCUCUAUCACCCAG